ACUGGAGACCAGCGAGCUGCAGCCAGCUAGGUCUUGACUCUGCUAACCGGGAUCCCCCUGUGGUUUCGAGCUUGGACCUCAGCAGCACGAGGAAAUGUAGCUCAGCGGCUUGUAACGGAAAGCAUAUGGACAGGUCCACGGCGCGGCAUUUAGGUGCUGAGAGAUGGUGGCGCUUGUGGGGCUCCUCUCUGCCUGAGCUUCGGGCCCUCCAGGCACCGGAAGAGCCAGCUCAGACCCUGGGCGCCUCGCCUGCACAAGCCUUCUCUUCCAGCCCCUGCAGUCCAGAGGCUGAACUGCUCGUUUAUUCUUGAUGAUGGGUAUCGGUAAGAACACUACGUCCAAAUCCAUGGAGGCUGGAAGUUCAACUGAAGGCAAAUAUGAAGAUGAAGCGAAGCAUCCUGCUUUCUUUACUCUUCCGGUGGUGAUAAAUGGAGGUGCCACGUCCAGCGGGGAACAGGACAAUGAAGACACCGAGCUCAUGGCAAUCUACACGACGGAAAACGGCAUCGCAGAAAAGAGCUCUCUUGCCGAAACCCUGGAUAGUACCGGCAGUCUAGACCCCCAGAGAUCGGACAUGAUUUAUACCAUAGAAGAUGUCCCCCCCUGGUACCUGUGCAUAUUUCUGGGGUUACAGCACUACCUGACGUGCUUCAGUGGCACCAUCGCCGUGCCCUUUCUGCUGGCCGACGCCAUGUGCGUGGGCUACGACCAGUGGGCCACCAGCCAGCUCAUCGGGACCAUUUUCUUCUGCGUGGGAAUCACAACCUUGCUGCAGACAACAUUUGGAUGCAGGUUACCCCUGUUUCAGGCCAGUGCUUUUGCAUUUCUGGCCCCUGCUCGAGCCAUCCUGUCUUUAGAUAAAUGGAAAUGUAACACCACAGAUGUUUCAGUGUCCAAUGGAACCACAGAGCUGCUGCACACAGAGCACAUUUGGUACCCCCGGAUACGCGAGAUCCAGGGUGCCAUCAUCAUGUCCUCACUGAUAGAAGUGGUCAUUGGCCUCCUCGGCCUGCCUGGGGCUCUGCUGAAAUACAUCGGGCCCCUGACCAUUACACCCACGGUGGCCCUCAUCGGGCUGUCCGGCUUCCAGGCAGCAGGAGAGAGAGCAGGGAAGCACUGGGGCAUCGCCAUGCUGACAAUUUUCCUAGUAUUGUUGUUUUCGCAGUAUGCCAGAAAUGUUAAAUUUCCUCUCCCAAUUUACAAAUCCAAGAAAGGAUGGACUGCAUACAAGUUACAGCUUUUCAAAAUGUUCCCUAUCAUCCUGGCCAUCCUCGUGUCUUGGCUGCUGUGCUUCAUCUUCACAGUGACCGACGUCUUCCCUCCCGACAGCACAAAAUACGGCUUCUAUGCUCGGACGGAUGCCAGGCAGGGUGUGCUUCUGGUAGCCCCAUGGUUUAAGGUCCCAUACCCAUUUCAGUGGGGACUGCCCACCGUCUCUGCCGCUGGUGUCAUCGGCAUGCUCAGCGCGGUGGUCGCCAGUAUUAUUGAGUCCAUUGGGGACUAUUACGCCUGCGCAAGGCUCUCCUGUGCUCCGCCGCCUCCCAUCCAUGCAAUAAACAGGGGGAUUUUCGUGGAGGGUCUCUCCUGUGUUCUCGAUGGCAUAUUUGGUACUGGGAAUGGCUCUACUUCAUCCAGUCCUAACAUUGGAGUUUUGGGAAUUACUAAGGUCGGCAGUCGCCGGGUGAUCCAGUAUGGCGCGGCCCUCAUGCUGGCGCUGGGCAUGAUUGGCAAGUUCAGUGCCCUCUUCGCCUCCCUCCCCGAUCCCGUGCUCGGCGCCCUCUUCUGUACUCUCUUCGGAAUGAUCACAGCUGUUGGGCUCUCCAACCUGCAGUUCAUCGACUUAAAUUCUUCCCGGAACCUCUUUGUGCUUGGAUUUUCAAUAUUCUUCGGGCUCGUCCUUCCAAGUUACCUCAGACAGAACCCUCUCGUCACAGGGAUAACAGGAAUCGAUCAGGUGUUGAACGUUCUUCUCACAACUGCCAUGUUUGUAGGAGGCUGCGUGGCUUUUAUUUUGGAUAAUACCAUCCCAGGUACUCCAGAGGAAAGAGGAAUCAGGAAAUGGAAGAAGGGUGUGGGCAAAGGGAGCAAGUCGCUCGAUGGCAUGGAGUCCUACGAUUUGCCAUUUGGCAUGAACAUUAUUAAAAAAUACAGAUGCUUCAGCUACUUACCCAUCAGCCCAACCUUUGCGGGCUACACGUGGAAAGGCCUCGGGAAGAGCGCCACCAGCCGGAGUCCGGAUGAGGACUCGCAGGCCACAGUAUAGUUGUAGGUCACCUGUGGCCCGGCCGCAGUGGGGCAUGAAUCUGUAGUUCCUUGCUGACUAACAAGCAGUAACCUAUGUUUGUAUAUCUGCAUUUACAUUCUGCACCCAGAGCUAAGACGAUUACAGAUAGCUUUUUUGUUGUGGGUGGUGAUCGUGUCUAAUAUCGUGUCUCACUUGUCUUCUUAUUUAAGCCCUACCCCUUGCCCUUAAGAGCGUCCGUUGAACUUGAAGUUCCUAUCCUCCUGUGGGAGUGGGUGUUUGAAAUCCACAGCGGUUCCUUGGUUUUGGUCUCCUUCCAGCACCCUGGGCUAGCUUUCCUACAAGCUGCCUCCAUGGUCCAGGGGCUUUCUGUCCCAGAAGCACCUGGACUUGCUCCUAUUUAAUUUGACCUUGGCCUGCAACCCACAGAGACCCCCUCUGGUCACGGGGCACCAGUAUCCUCACACUGUCACAACUGAUGGGUCAAAUGUGAUUCUGUGUUCCCUGAUACUCCUGUAGAGGGAAGCUAUUGGCCUGAUUGAAAACCGUGACAUGGUUACCCCAGGCCCAUGUCUGUGUGUGAGUAAGGUCUGUACAGAUGUUCUUAGAAUUGAAAUCUGUUUGGGGGAUUGGAAGGGAAGGGAAGUACCUUGAAGUUGAAUCUGAUUCUCAGCUGCUCUUUCUUGGUGCCAUCCUGGCCCAGGCUGGGCCAGCACAUUUCACACGGGCUUCUUUUUCACUCUAAUGGAGACACUCUAUCUGACAUUUAUCACUCCAGGCUGGUGCGAUGGGUGUAGAGUGCCACACGAUGGCACUAAGCAGAUGUUCAUGGGAGUCUUGACUCUGCUGUCAUGUGGAUGUCAGUUACUGUUGCGCGUGUCUAUAAAUUACAAGAUUUUAUUCCUAUUUAAUGUUAUUGACUAUAGCAGGUUUUUGAAAUCAGUGUUUUCCAUGUGACCCUCUCACCUUGCAUCCCUGUCACUUGUCCCCCACCCCUCACCUCCCAUUAAGAAAAGAACCAGCAUUUGUAAAGCUGUGGACACCAUCAGGGAAGCUUGUCAUCAUGGCUUUUGAAGGCCAGUAACCAUUAUUGUGGUUGUGUUUUGUAUUGCUUGAUACCAUGAAAGUGUAAAUACUGUAAUGCCUAAUCUAUUUAUCAAAACUGACUACUGGACCAGAGCCCAGAAACCUUAUGGGUUAAGUUAUAGGUGAAUUUGUUUUGUGAAGAAGGGAAGCUGGGGGCAGGUAAUCGGCAGAGUCGCCAUAUUGAAUGGUCAGGCAUCCUGGUAAAUUCACCACUGCAGUUCUGUUUCGAGUCUUUUCCGGCACUUAAGGCUUAAGGAGACUCUGUGUGGGUUGCCAUGUUGUGUGUCCACUGGAUCUUGAUUUUGCAGAGGGGUAGAGUAGACCCCCUGGCCAAAAGCACCUUUCCUACUUCAGUCAUUGCAGAAUGGUGGUGAGAAAAGCAGGUGGCAGGCCCUUCUGUCGGGUUCUCAUUAAUAACACUAAAUCCUUUCUGAAAAAAGUGACUUCUUUGAAAUACGGUUUGAAAUUUGUCAGCCAAAGGAAAACCCUGAAACACCAAGUAGUGACCUCGCCACGUGAGGUGGUGCUUCCUAGAUGGUUUGUUGACCUGGCUGAGCCUUGGGUGGCCGCAGGUGUUCCUGUCUCUGAUAGCAGAGCAUGGCUCCGCGCAGCCUCGUGUCCCCAGGUGCGUUCGCUGCUCCCACAGCCGGCUCCGCUCCACUGCACUGGGGUGUCUUUGGCAGCGUGAUUGUCACUGCAGCCUCCCUGGCUCCUGGGAAGUUUGGGGCUGCGAAGUGUAUUCUAGCAAGAACAGUUCAGAGCCCUGCAUUGUUUUGCCAAGAUCUGGUUGCAGAUUAAGUUUAAAAAAUCAGAUUCUAAAUUACAUUUAAUUUUGUAUGUUGUUUUUAAAAAUUGUACCUGAUGCCUAGUUAACUUUGGAAGCACACUUUUUUGUGACGGUCGUCCCCGUGACUUGGUUGGUAAGCACUUGAUGUCAGAAGCCCUCCUGCUCCAAGGCGCUCUUAGUUUCCUUCUGUUUGUGUUUUUGCUCAGCAUCUCUAAUUUCUCUGCCCUGAAAAGUGGGGAAAACUGUUAAACAUGCCAGAGAUCCUAGCUCACUAAGGGAGCAGAAGGGCCAAAUAUACAAAUAAAAGCAUCUGAACCAUUGGAUAAUCUUAACUUUCAACCUGGCAUCGUCCGUCCCAGUGAGUGACACUCAGGAUAUGUGCUUCAAACAUUCAGACGCUCCCUCCCUUCUGAAACCCCUCCUUGGACUGGGUUUUAUUGGGAGGUUGUAGAUCUGCUGGUCUGGGUGGUGGAUGUUUUCUGCAAGCAUUUAAUUAUGGAGGGAAGCCCUGGACCUCGACCCCCUGUUAGAAAUGUUCCCCUUCUUGCUCCAUUGGGGCCAACUUUGGAUUCCCUAAGGCAUGGGGAAGGGGGACAGGAGGUGGGGAGGAGAGAAGGCAGCCCGACUACAGGUCCCAUUGAGUCUGGUACCUCUGCGCGGCCUGUGAAACUCACCUUUGCUUGAGUGUUAGAGUCUCCUAAUGAAUGCCAUUUUUGACAGUGGUCCUCCUGCUGGCAGAUAUGCUGUAGAAUCAGUCUGUAAUCAAGAGAAAAAUGGAUUCAUCUGCUCCUGAGGCUUAAGCACACACGUGAAAGGGAAGUUUGGGGGAACACAGUGGCCGUGCCUCAUCUGUACCUGUACACUUACCACUUACAUUGUUGGCCUGCACUGCUGGGGUGCAUACCCACCAGGCUUUGUUUGGCCAGUGGAAUGUUUCAAAGUGUUUUGGAUGUAAAUGUCCUUGGGCAGGCCAUUCAGACUCCAGUUUCCAUAGUGACCACCUACCCACCAUCUUUACAUUCACUUUGGUGAUCUUGAUGUGAGAAGUAGAAAGUGUUUAUAAGGACGGUUGAUGCGGUCAUAUCACGGUGGGUGGCAAAGGAGAUCCCACCACUGGUUUUAAUAAAACAUCUAACAUGGUUGACAGAAUAAUGGGAAAUGGCUCCAGUCUUUGUCUCACUAGGUAAUUAAACUUAGAUUCAUUCAUACAGAGUCUUUCUCAAGACAGUUUUAGCUGUUAACUUGUGGUGAGUUUCUGGUGAUUGGUGAAGGAGAAAAGUGGCUUAACCAGGCCAGCUGAAGCAUCCCAAGGCCCGAUGGUUUCCCAUUUUCAUGGUGACAAAUUCACAUGCAGGAUUUGCUUUAUACUGUAGAAUACUUACUUUCCUGAUGGCGCCUUGGUUUAUGCAUGAAUAUUGCAGUAUUUCCAUAUAGUAAAGUAACAUUUCUACCCAGGAUAAUAGUCACAGUUUUCCAGGGAGGGAAUGAUAUAAUUUUCAUGACAAUGUCAUGUGAUAAUAGAAUUUCUCCAUUGAUGAAUCUCUAGUAUGUGUGUAUACUUUAUUUACCCAUGCGUCUGUUUUAUCACCACGAGCUAAGUUGUUACUUCCUUAGUUCACGGCCCUGCUGAAAUACCAGUACUGGCAACUUAGACUUGAAGUUGGCAAUGGUCAUCUGGCAUAAUACCAAUGGGGCAGGAGUGGCAGGUGGCAUGUGGCUAGGUGGCUGUGGCAGAGGCCUCAUUCUGGGACCUGGCCAGCGCUGGGUGGCAGCAUUGCACGGGCACCCCACCCCUGGGCCCUGGGGAGCUGUGCUGCCCACGUGAGUGGGCCUGAGACUUUGGGGAGUCUCUUUGCGGGCGCCACCCUUGGCCUCAGAGAUGCGCCUGGGGCUUUCACACGCUGUGCGUGUGGUGCUCUGUCCCCUUAGGAUUUGGAUCCUCGCCACUUCACCUACAGUGGCGGCGCGAGAAGACUGCCCGUGGUGCCGGCACUCGGCUCCCCCCAGCCCCGUGGACGCAGAAAGCACAUUAACGCUGGGCACCCCUUUGCGGCAGCCUCACACACAUUCCUGUCCUUUGAGGUGGUUCUUGACUGUGCCUCGUCCUCACUCCGCAGAAGUCCCAUCCAGCGCCCCUCGACUUCCUGUGUUUGUUUCCUGGCAUGUAGGGCCCCCCACACCAGGACGGCCGUCCUACUGACAAUUCGAGUUAAUACCCUUUUCUGUUCAUUGGUAACCACCUUUGUUUGACACAUUAAUAAAUUUCUGACUGUUCUUAAAGCAGUGGGGAUGCCUAUAUUUUCCUUGAGUUUUUGUGACUGACUUUGGCUAUAUACCUUUCGGGGAUUUUCUUUGUUUGUUUUUUAUGUUUAUUUUGCAUACCGAGGGUAUUUGGGGGUGGGGUUGUUUUUUGAGAUGUGUAAUUCUUUUAUGGAAUUUUUAAAAAGAAUUUUCAUAUUGUUUUUCUAACAUGGCUUCAUUAAACGUUUAAGUAUUUUAAAAAUAUGUACUAUUUGGACCAGAUGUUGUGAAUAAUAGUAGAGAUAAAGCUAUUUUAUUCUGUAUUUUUAAAACUGUUCCGUAUGAAUAAAAGCUCUCCUGGAUGCA